CUGCUGUUCCACUGUUACCCGUUUCCUCCCACAGCACUACAGAAAGAAGAUGAGUGAAAGAGAAGUUCCUGUGAAACCACCACACAUCACCGAUGCUGGCAGCUUCCAACAAGACAUAAGCCACAGUGUUGUGAUAGGAAUAAACCUGCCUCACUUAACUUUGUAACUGGAGAGCCAAGCAUUUUGGCCUCAAGUCACGUUCUUAAGCUUCUCCCUGGAUUCCAGCUUCCAAAAUACCAAAGUAUACAUUCUCUUCUUUCUCUUGGCUCUCGAGCUCUCCGACUCACCACCUCAACCUUCUCCAGCUGCUGAGAGCAAGGAAGCUGUAGGAGUGAUCAGGAAAGGGUAAGACUGGAAGAAACAGCAGAGCUUCAGUAAGCAGUGGGGAAGAAGAGAAGCGAGAUGAGCCUCUUGAUCCUCAGCAACUGACUGCAAACAUAUUCAGGAGAUGCCAUCAAGGAGUCCCUGUCUGCUGAGGAAGGCAAGGAGGAGGAGGAAGAACCUGGAAUAAAUAUACUGGUGUGGAAAGGACCGAAGCAGUGAGAAUGGAAACCACAAAGAUUAAUAUGUCCCGUGUCCCGCUGGUGAAUGGAGGCAUCGAUGCUGCCACACUCAAGGCGCACAAGCCCCGCGUGAUGUCCAAAAGCGGUCACAGCAACGUGCGGAUAGACAAAGUCGACGGCAUUUAUCUACUCUAUCUUCAAGAUUUGUGGACUACAGUUAUAGACAUGAAGUGGAGGUACAAACUCACCUUAUUUGCUGCUACUUUUGUUAUGACCUGGUUCCUCUUUGGAGUUAUCUACUACGCCAUUGCAUUCCUUCAUGGUGACUUAGAAAUAAACAAGUUUGCUCCAAAGCGUGAGCCAUGUGUCAAGAAUGUAGACUCUCUGACUGGAGCAUUUCUCUUCUCCCUGGAGUCACAGACAACCAUUGGCUAUGGAUUUCGUUUCAUUACAGAGGAGUGUCCUCAUGCCAUUUUCUUACUUGUGGCCCAACUGGUUAUUACCACCUUGAUUGAAAUCUUCAUCACAGGUACCUUUCUGGCCAAAAUAGCAAGACCUAAAAAAAGGGCAGAAACCAUUAAAUUCAGCCACUGUGCUGUCAUUACUAAACACAAUGGAGAACUUUGCCUGGUGAUUAGAGUAGCAAAUAUGAGGAAGAGUCUUCUGAUACAGUGUCAGCUGUCUGGGAAGCUUCUUCAGACAUACGAAACCAAAGAAGGGGAACGGAUCCUGCUGAAUCAGGCCAGUGUCAAGUUCAAUGUUGACUCCUCUUCAGAGAGUCCAUUCCUCAUUUUGCCUUUAACCUUCUACCAUAUUUUGGAUGAAAGCAGCCCUUUAAGAGAUCUCACACCUCAAAAUCUCAAGGAGAAGGACUUUGAGCUUGUGGUGCUCCUGAAUGCCACAGUGGAGUCCACCAGUGCUGUCUGCCAAAGCAGGACUUCCUACAUCCCUGAGGAGAUCCACUGGGGCUAUGAGUUUGUGCCUGUGGUUUCUCUCUCUCCAAAUGGAAAGUACGUUGCAGAUUUCAGUCAGUUUGAGAAGAUUAGGAGAAGCACAGAUUCCACUUUUUAUAGUAUGGAUUCUGAAAAACAAAAACUAGAGGAGAAAUACAGGCAGGAGGAUCAAAGAGAGAGGGAACUGAGAACGAUGUUGUUACAUCAGAGCAAUGUUUGACUGAAUGGACAAACUAUUCUGAUUAAUCUUUUUUUGCAAACUGAAAAAAAUAUACUUUCUGUGCUAUAUAACUGCUAUGAAACCAGCAGUGAAGUUCUUUUCAGCAAAUAGCUUUGGUGUAUAGUAAGCCUAUCCCUUUGUUUGUCUGAUUUGUUAAUCAAGUUAUUUUGUAAUUAGGUAGGAUUUCUUUGUUCAUGAUCGUGACUUAGCAGAGUUGAAUCUGUAUUAAGUUUCUGCCUUAUACCACCACUAAAGCAGACACAUCAGUUUCUAUUUGGAAAGUGAAACUGAAUGCACUGUGCUGAUUGCUUCAAAUAUUUAUUUUGUAUGGUUUUACUGUGAACAUGUAUUUGCAGAGACAGCACAGAGUACUACUAGAAGAAGAAUAUAUGCUCCUUUAAAAUAUGUAUAUUUAAAAUGGAUAUUCUUGUACCAGGUACUGCCUUCACAGGGAUUCCUGGCACUGAAAGUAACCUGGAUGGAGAGACAAAUGGUUGGAUGUGGGAAGAGCCAGCAGGGAAGUGAUAAACUCCUUUUUAAAUGUUGAAGAAGUAUGACAAAGGAGUCACGCUGGGUGGUGAGGAAGGGAGCUUGCUGUCUCUUCUGCU